UCGCACGAUCCCUCUUCAUCCCUCGAAUUUAUUUCAUUAAAUCAUAGUGACCAAUUACACCAAUUAAAAGAGAAGGAAAAAUUGAAGAAAUUUGUUCCAGGUGACAGCAAGAUAUUACCUUUGAAGAAAUUACCUUCAAAGAUAUUCGGACACUUGAAGUCGCAUGUCGACAACACUGUUAAGAAACCUUUGAAGGUUUUCGGACACUUGAAAUCGCAUGUCGAGAACUCUGUGGGGCCCUUACGUAUAAACAAAUUAACCCCCAAUUGCAUUUUCGGUGUGAAAUCGAUGUCGAUGGUUUUGUUCACUAAGAACAUUCCAGAUGGCAAGUAUAUCAGUUUAGACAACGACUUAGGCAGAGACUUAGACCUAACAAAGACAAUUUAUUUCACCGCACACGGUUUCAUCAGCAAUGUUAAUCAUUCUCUUAGUAACAGGCUGUCGAGGGCGUUGGUCGAGGUAAAUAUCGCGCUUGUAUGCAUGAUUAGAAUACCGAGUGAAUAUUCGAUAAAGUAUCUUAUACUUCGGAGGAAACAGGUUGAAUAUCUUUCGCUUUUACAGAAAGAUUAUACGGUGUUUUCCCUGGAUUGGUCCGACGCGGCGUGCACGACUGGUGGGCUUCCACUUGUGAAACUCCUAGGAUACCCAAGCGCAGUGCAAAACACUCGAGAAAUAGGCAAUCUCAUGGCUGACUACGUCAUGUCGUUGAUUGAUCACGGCGCUUCGUUGAGAAACAUGGCAUUCAUCGGUCACAGUCUAGGCUCGCACGUGUGUGGAUUCGCCUCGAAGAAGAUUUACGAGUCAGGUUACGGGAAGGUCCCGCUUUUAUUUGCCGCCGAUCCUGCGCAACCACUGUUUCAAUCGAAGCAAUGUCCCGAUAGGCUUUGUGAUACAGAUGCAAAAUUGGUGAUCACACUUCAUACAUCGCAGAUUGGGCUAGGGUAUCCCAUUGGCGGUCUCGAUCUAUAUUUCAACGGUGGAUUUGUGCAGCCAAAAUGUAAGCAAAUGCAUUUCUUUCAACAUAUACAGAGAAAUAAUGUCACGAUUAUGUUAUUUGAAUAGCGCGAACGUAUUCUGCCGGUAAAAUUUUCAAAUAUGGCAUACCUUUAAUGUCAUUCUUGUUUCUUUAAUUUACUGUUUCGUUUAUGUAUCUUACGUAGCAAAA